CUCCGCAUCAAAAUCUUCCCAGUGCUUGCUCUCAACUUACCAUGGCUUCUAACACCAACUUCUUAUGUGUGCUUCUUGUAGCUGCUGCGUUUAUCGGUAGCCACAAUUGCUAUGCUGCCCGCCAUUUGUUGGACACUCCCGUAGCAGUGGCUCCACCCCCUGCCUUACCCACAGUCCCAACCUUGCCACCAAUGCCUGUCUUGCCAACUCUGCCUAAGCCUACAUUGCCACCACUGCCUGCGGUCCAAGUGCCCACUCUGCCAACCAUACCAACGUUGCCUAUGGCCAUAUUGCCACCAUUGCCUGCGGUCCAGUUGCCGACUCAGCCCGCCGUGCCAACAUUGCCUAACCCCACAUUGCCACCUUUGCCUGCAAUUCCUAACAUCCCAACCAUUCCAACCAUCCCUACUAUCAUGCCUCAGGCCACAUUGCCACCAUUGCCUUCCAUCCCUACUAUUCCAACAAUCCCUACAAUCCCCACCAUUCCAAACAUCCCUUCAAUCCCCACUAUCCCUUUCCUCUCUCCACCCCCAUCAACCACUAGCCCAUGAUGGCCCACCUUGCAUGCACCCUACCUAUUUAAUUUGUGGUUUGUAGUUUUG